UCUGGUGAACCGGGUUUGGAUCCUCCAAACCAUAUUGGAGGGUAUGGAUGUGCUGCAACUUUUGAGAAUAGGAUUUAUGUAGCUGGUGGAUAUUUUACUGAUGAUGUAUAUUCUACCAGAUGUGAGGAGGAAGAGUCGGACGAGAAGUUGACAACUUCAAACAGACUUCUAGAAAACUAUGUUGAUUAUCUACAAAUUCUAGAUCCAAUUACAAAGACUUGGUCACAGGGCCCGACUAUGAUUCACCCAAGACGAAACCACGGCUGCUCUAUAGUCACCUACCAAGGAAGAAAGGGAUUCUUAGUGGCAGGAGGAUACAACAGUAAAGAAUAUUUUCUCAAGGCUGUAGAAUUUCUUCCGUUAGAAUUAGGAGUUGGGAGUUGGGAAUCCCUGCCAGCCAUGCAACAGUACAGGGGUAGCAGGAUGGGAGUACUCUCCAUAGGGCUAACGAUUUACGUCGUAAGUGGAGACCUAGAAGGAAACGGGACUUUGAUAGAAACUUUAUCUGGUUAUCAGACAAAAUGGACAACUCUAGGGACCAGGUUACUUCGUGAGAAGUCCUAUGCAACCUUUUUACCAGUCUAGAAAACUAGGGAACAUGGAGGGAGGAGCUCAAGUGCCAUGCACCCUUCCCCUCAUCUGUAAUUAUGUUAAUCAGCAAAAG